GGAUAAGGCCCGGGAGGUGUUCGAGGCCAACUACUGGGGUACCCUGCGGGUGGUGCAGGCGGUGGUGCCGCACAUGGCUGCGCGCCGCGCCGGCACCAUCUGCAAUGUGGGCAGCGUGGUGGGCUACGUCAGCACGCCCUGGGGCGCCAUCUACUCCUCCUCCAAGGCUGCCGUACACUCCAUGACGGAUGCGCUGCGGCUGGAGGUGGCGCCAUACGGCAUCCGGGUGAUGCUGCUGGCGCCGGGGGCCGUCAAGUCCAACAUCGGGGACAAUAACCUGAAGCGCUACGACGAGCACUUCACGCUGUACGGCCCCUUCGCCGCCGCCAUCCGCGAGCGAGCCACGCUCAGCCAGCGGCAGCAGGCCAUGGACACGCAGGUCUUCGCGCGCGGUGUGGUACGGCAGUUGCUGCGGCCGCACCCUCCGCGGCACUUCCUGCUGGGCGGGCUGGUGCGGCAGACGCGGCUGGCGAUGUGGUUGCCGCUGUGGCUGCGGGAUUGGCUGCUGGCGCGGCUGUUCAGGUUGAAUAGGAGGCUGCCGCCGGAGGAGCAGGAGAAGCUGCAGCAGGCGGAGGCAGAGGGAAGUAAGAAGGCGCAGUGAGGAGAGGCAGGGGCUAUGUUGGUUGGCGAUUGUGAGAGGGAAGAACGGUUGGAGCGGUAGGGUGCAGGAGUGCGAGGGGUUGAGUUGUUGAGGGAAUGCCGGAAGCAUUGUAGCAAGAAAGGGUUGGCGU